ACUUAAUUUCUUUUAAAUUGUUUACUUAAGAUUUUCUUUCUCCCUCCUCAAAUCACAUCAUACCAGAUUCUCAGGCUCAGCUAAUCUACCUUCCUACGAUCGCAAAUUUCAUCAAAUCAAUUUGUUGAUUGACAUCUUACCAAUUUACCAUGACUGCUUUAUCUACUGAGAAUUCGUCCUCUGACUGCAAAUCUGCUCUGCUCAAACUUGCUCCUGUGGAAGCUGUCUUAUUUGAUGUGGACGGAACCUUGUGUGAUUCAGAUCCUCUUCAUUACUUUGCUUUCCGUGAAAUGCUUCAGGAGAUCGGUUUCAAUGGUGGUGUUCCAAUAGACGAGGAAUUCUUUAUUCAGAACAUAGCUGGAAAGCAUAAUGAUGACAUCGCCAGGGCUCUCUUCCCUGAUGACUAUGAGCGAGGCUUGAAAUUUACAGAUGAUAAGGAAGCCUAUUUUAGAAGGCUGGUGGUAGAACAGUUGAAGCCUAUAGACGGCCUAAGCAAGCUAGUAAAAUGGAUCACAGAUUAUGGCUUGAAAAGGGCAGCCGUUACUAAUGCCCCUAGAGCUAAUGCUGAGCUCAUGAUCUCAAUGCUCGGCCUCACAGAAUUCUUCCAGGCUAUUAUAGUCGGAAGCGAGUGUGAACAUGCAAAACCACACCCAGCACCUUAUUUGAAGGGUUUGGAAGCAAUUGGUGCAUCAAAAGAGCAUACUUUUAUCUUUGAGGAUUCUCCUUCCGGAAUCAGAGCUGGAGUAGCUGCUGGAAUGCCUGUGAUUGGCUUGAGUACUAGAAAUCCAGAACACCUUUUGAUGAAGGAAAAUCCAGCUUUCCUCAUAAAAGAUUACGAAGAUUCAAAAUUGUGGGCUGUUCUAGAGGAGCUUGAAAAGGAAAACGGUGUUAGAACUAAAGCAGACGCCGCUUAAGAGUCUGUGAAGUAGAAGGUGCAGAUUAAGCUGUAGUGAGGCUGCAGAAAAUCAAAUUGGUAAAAUAAUGAAAACUAAUUUUGGUGUUUGAUAAAUUCAAUGCUGAAUCAAAUUGGUAAAAUAAUGAAAACUAAUUUUGGUGUUUGAUAAAUUCAAUGCUGCAUCUCUUGGUAUUUUGUAGUUAUGCAGCUCAUCUAUUCUUACUGCUGGAGGCAGAUAUAUUUAUUCAAGUUCCUGUAAUAUGAUAAUUGAACAGAACUACUCUUGACAAUAGUAGUAGAAUUGAUCCACCAGGCUUAGUGCAGACAGAUACCGAUAUACAUUGUCUUUUUACUACCUUAAUCAAAAUUUACCAUUUGACCUUUGUGGUCAACGC